UCAGGAACCAGAUUAUGAUAGAGAAUUCUAGAUGGUCGAGGGUGGAGGGUCAUAAGAGAGAGUUCUUGGGGUAUAAUAGUAUCUCUUGGGGUAUAACAUACUCUUAAUUGAAACUUUGUAUCGCCAAGCUGAAGAAGAUGAGGUUCUAACAUAAACCCGUCUAGAAAAAAAAAUGAGGGGUCUUUCAAAUAUCUUCAGAGCAUCCAGAAAAUGAAAGAAAGUCUCUGAAAUAGCCAGAGGGUGUCUGGAACGGAAAACGCCGUCUCCGCUAUAGCCGAGGGGUGUCUGGAGCAGGAAAGGGGGUGUCUCUCGGAUAGCGUAGGGGGGUCUGGAAACGGAAAGGGGUGUCACUGGGAUAACAAAGGGGUGUCAUUGUGUUCCAGAGGCGUGCUUUCCUCGCAUUCACGCUCCCGCGUCCUGUGAUCGGCAAAACAUUGUUCAGUCUGUGAACCGAAGGAGCGUUGGGGUAUCUCGCCCCAGGGCGCGCAGCACUAUGUAUCUUUGGACCGUGGCUUUACUUAUAGUCGGCGCGAGCGGCUCAAGGCAAAAAAGGGGAGUCUGUUCCAAGCAGGUGGAGAGGAUCCCGGUCGUGUACAAUGAGACCUUCAUACAGCCGAUCUACCAGCCGUACCUGACCAUGUGCCGGGGCCAACGAGCCUGCAGCACCUACAGGACUGUCUACUCGGUGUCUGUCAGGCAGGUGAAAAGGGAGGUCACGCAAGUAACGUCCGUGUGUUGCCCGGGCUGGAGGAAAAAGGAGCCCACGUCAGACACGUGCGAGGAGGCCGUGUGUCACAAGCCCUGUCAGAACGGUGGGACGUGCAUCAAGCCCAACAUGUGCCGCUGUCCCGCAGGUUGGGGAGGCAGAUACUGCCAUGUGGAUAUUGAUGAAUGCCGCCGUCCCUCGCACCCGUGCCCCCAGCGUUGUGUUAAUACCCGGGGCAGUUUCAGUUGCGAAUGUCACUCGGGCUUUACCCUCGCAGACGACGGAAAAUCUUGCGUGAAAAUCAGUCCCCAACCGUCAGUCCCGGUGCAACAAGCUGAAGAUGCUUCACAAAGAAUUUCCAAUGAAGUCCAAGAUCUCCGCAGUCUUGUUGUGUCAUUAGAGCAGAGGUUGGACAGCACGCUCUCGGCCCUGCAGCGGCUCUUCCCUGUUAAGCUGUCCGAGAUCCGCUCAGACCAGGUGCAAGAAUUCUGGGAAAGAAUCGGCAGCCUGGAUCGAGUGGAUUCCAUAAGCGAUCAGCUCAUGUACAUGGAAGAGAAGAUGGGAGAAUGUUCCUGUCGCAGUAACGAGAUCGAGAUGGCUGUAAAUUUAAAGCGUUAGUUCUCCGGACGAGCAUCCCGCUCACCCCCAUUUUAUUUAUAUACCCUACCCUGUAACCCCAAUAUUUAUGUCCAAACCUUUAUUUAUAACCCCGACUCACCCCUUAAUCCCCAAUCAAUAAAUACUAUUUGUAG